AUGGCCGCAUUGACCGUCAUUCUGAACGAGAUCCUCUCAAUUUUCUUCACCAUCAGCUCCGUGGUCAGCCUUCGAGAAGUCAGCGGCGAACAUAUUAUCAAUAUUGCGGAGAGGAUUGAAUCCGACCUGGCCGUCUGGCGUGCCACUUACCUCGACCAGAUCCUAACACAGCGGUUCUUUCCGGAUGUAACUGGAAGUCUUGAACUCGCCUACAUCACGGCCAGAAUAAUGCUUCUCCGAGGCAUCUUUCCUAAACUCUAUCGGAGGAAUUUCCCUAUGGAUCGUUAUGUCGAGCGGGCGGUAGAAAUUACUACCCACGCGAUAGCUCUAGUCGAAACCCUCCAGAUCAACAGAUUGAGUGCUUUUUGGUGGUCAUGUUCGGGAUUCAAUCUUGCUCUCGCAGGCACAUUUAUGGCUAGUCUUAAACGCCUAUCCCCCAACUCGGAGCGCGCCACGUACUGGGCCAGCCGGCUGAAAUAUUACCGGACGCUCCUCUCCGCGCACGGCGUCAGUUUCUGGCCCGCCAAGUUCGCUGCCAUGGCGCUGGCCGGUAUGGCCAAGAGCCUGACCAAAGCGACAGAAGCCGGGGCCCGAGCAGGCAUCGAGGCGGCAUCAUCGUCGACCGGAGCUACAGAAGAUACAACCCCGAGCCAUAUCGAUGCGUUUACCAGCCCGUUGACAACUUCAAGCGGUGUCUCAUACGACUUUUUCCCGCAUAGUCUUACCGAACUCAACGGGCCGGAUUUCUACCUCGAUUUGUGGGGGGAAGGUGAUGGGUUUCAAUGGGAGCCAGAUCCUGUCUCCGAUGCGACGACCACGGUGACCAGAUGA